AUGGCUUCCAAGACUGGCGGGCCUGCCCGAAAAAAAAUUGUUCACCACCUUGGGUCACCGUUCACCACCAUUUCCUGGCCAGAAAUAUCCCAAGAAGACCAGGAUACCAUACUUGAGCUCCUGUGCGAAUAUCUCAGUCCAAUUGGCAAGCAUCGACAAACACACAUCAAGCCUUCCAAGGGGAAGCGAGCAGAAAAGAAACGGAAACGUUUGGAUAAAGGCGCUGGCAGAAACACUGUACCCAUGGCUGUUGAUCAGCCGGCUAAACCAGAGAUUGCAUCGCAAGUGGAUGUUGGCUUCAAUUCAAUCACUACUGGCCUUCAAAAUACAAACAAGGAAGGGAAAAGUGAUGGAAGACCAGAACGAGAGCAGAAAUAUUCCAUGGUUUUCGUCUGCCGUGGCAACCAAACUGCUGCCUUCAACAGUCAUUUCCCUCAAAUGGUGGCCGCCUCUCCAAACGAUGUGCAGGCAGAUCAAGCAACACGCAGGCAGUUGCGAAGUGCAACUCGGCAGCAGCUAACGCAGUCUAUUGUCCGACCCAUGGCAUUUAUCCCCGCUGCCGCAAAAAGUCACAGGCAGCCACCUCGGGAGUUUCAAGGUCGCCGGCCAACGAUUUCAAUGGCUGCAUGGCAAGAACAGAAGAAUGUCCCAUCCAUCACUGGCGGCCAGGGGGUUGAUUUUCUAAGUCGGAAAGAUGCUCCGACCAGCGCUCCAGCAGUCCAGCCUGCAAUGGCGUCCACACCCGCAGUACCGCAAAUCUUGUCCCGUCCAGCACAAUCUCAAGCCCUGGCCGUGACCACUGCCCCAACUUCAGUGCCUACAAGUUCGGUCCUGGACGAGUUCUUUGCGCUCAUGUCUAAGCAUGAGAAAGAGAUGGCAGAGGUUGACCCUCUGGUAGAUCAAUUGCAGCAGUGGAAUCUACAGUCCCCGGCUGUAACAAAGCCCAAGGCCGUGUUCAGCCAGUCUGCGAAAACUCCCCUGGGAGACGUCAGCAAUCUUCCUCAAAAACCGCCUGCUAAUACCAUGAUCAAUCAACCUCCCCAGUUGGCUGUAGGAGGAGUCGGGGGUCUCCCUCCAAAACCGCAGCUCAAGACAAGAUCCGCUGCAUGCUUGUUCGAAUCUCCCGAGGCACAUAAAGCAUCUGCCAGGUGCAAUUGUACGCCAAAAAUCAAGCCCCAAAAGGGCCUGGCAGCAUCUCGUUUCGCAUCCAAAGAAACGGAAGGCUCACCAUUUGCAAACAGAUUUUCAGUCAAUUUGCAGAUUGCUAUUCACCAAGAGUUCUGUCCUCUGUUCGCUGAACAGAACAAAUCAAAUACUAGUCAAGGAUUUUAG